CAGUUUAGCUCGUGGCCGGUCACUGCGCAUGCGUAAAGCCCGGUGUCCGGUGUCAGGCUGUCAGCAGCUGUUGAGUCCAUGAACGGCAAGACCGAGACAGCGAAUUAAACACACCCAAAUAAAGCGUGCGGACCAGGUUCUGGACCGGCUCAGAGACGAACAGGUCGGGGCGGAUUCAGCAGGACCAGCUGGUGAUCUGCAGCUGGAGCUAACGGAGCUAACAGGCUAACUGACAGCGGACCGACAGCUGUUAUCUAACGGGCUAACGGACAGGCCAGCGGCUCGUGGUAACCACGCUGCACCGUGCGGAUCCACCUCGACCCGAUCUAAUCUUUGGACUUUCGGAACCUCCUGCAGCCGCAUUGUUUACGGAGUCCAGCGGCUGUUUUUUGUGAAGCUCGACCGGUUCGAGGACGCUCGAGAGCCGUCAGAGCACGUCAGUCCGGACGGGAUAGACGCUCUCUGGCCGGUUCGGACUGGGGACCGGGAGCCGAGAUGCUGAUAGCAGCAGUCGGUGCCGGAUCCGGAAACCCUGCCGGCACGGGUAAGAAACACCGCCGCAGAGGCAAGAAACACCGGAGAAUCCGAGCCGAAGAGAACCGGUCUGAUGACCUCUGUAACCUUCAGACUCUGGAUGCUGACAGCAGGGUACCCACAGCACUCCCACAGACCGCUCUGCCACCCCAUGAAAGCACUCCAGACACAACCACGCCGCAUGGAAACGCGUUAGCAUGUCCAGAAGAUCCCAGAAGCACUCCAGACACAACCACACUACACGAAAACAUGUCAGUAUCUCCAGAAGAUCCCAGAAGCACUCCAGAAGUAACCAUACUGCACAAAAGCGCAUCAAAAUCUCCAGAAUAUCCCAGAAGCGCUUCAGACACAACCACACUACACGAAAACAUGUCAACAUCUCCAGAUGAUCCCAGAAGCACUCCAGAAGUAACCACGCCACAUGAAAACACCUCAGCAUGUUCAGAAGAUCCCUAUGAAACCACCACGGCACCCCACCAAGAACCUCCGCAGGAGCCCAUACGAACACCCCCGUUAACCACUGAAAUCGCAGCGCUGAAUGCUCCCCGUACACCGUCACCACCUCCCCUCCAGAUCUCAUCACCAUUUCUAGGCACAAUAAUUUCCCCCGAGGAACCCCUGGUACCUCCUCAAACUACCCUCAGCAGCUACAAGUUUUGCAGCCGGUCACCUCCUGCAGCUUCUCCACAUUCUCCUCACAGUCCCAGCCAACCACUGCCAACUGUUACUCAGAGUAAUAAUACCCAGGAUUCCUCCAGAUCGCCUCACAGAACUCUUCAGUCCGUCACAGCAGACGGUCAAACGGAGCUCUACAAAUCGCCUCCUACCUCACCGCACACGGUUACCCACAAUGCCUCUAAGUCCCCGUCAGUGUCUGCUACGCAUCCUGCCAAAGCUCCUCCCACUCCUCCAUUAAGCCCCUCCCAACCCGAUCCAUACCUGCUUACCUCAGUGACCUUUACGUCCAGUGUCUCCUCCCACCUGUACUCCCCCNUCUGCUCCUCCUCCCCCUCUUUCAUGCGCUCUCUCGACUCUCUGGGACCUCCCAUUAGCCUGCCUCCCGUGAUGCCAACGGCAACCCAUCAGCUGACCUCACCUCCUCCAGCUAUGACCCCGCCCCCUCCAGAGUUAACCCCACCCCCAGCCCAGCUGCUGGGCUCUGAUGAUGAGGAACAGGAGGACCCGUCUGAUUACUGUAAAGGUGGAUACUACCCUGUGGAUAUUGGCGAUCUGUUUAACGGGAGGUACCACGUGGUCAGGAAGCUAGGCUGGGGACACUUUUCCACCGUCUGGCUCUGCUGGGAUCUGCAGAAGAAGCGUUUUGUGGCGCUGAAAGUGGUGAAGAGCGCUCCUCAUUACACUGAGACGGCCCUGGACGAGAUCAAACUGCUGCGAUGUGUGAGAGACAGCGACCCCUCUGACCCCUACAGAGAAACCAUCGUCCAGCUCAUUGAUGACUUCAAGAUCUCUGGAGUCAAUGGAGUGCAUGUCUGUAUGGUUCUGGAAGUUUUGGGCCACCAGCUCUUAAAGUGGAUCAUCAAGUCAAACUACAUGGGACUUCCUCUGGCCUGUGUCAAGGCCAUCAUCAGACAGGUGCUGCAGGGUCUGGAUUACCUCCACACCAAGUGUAAGAUUAUCCACACUGACAUCAAACCAGAGAACAUCCUGCUGGAGGUUGAUGAGGUUUACGUCAGGAGAUUGGCAGCUGAAGCUACUGUCUGGCAGAGAGCUGGAGCCCCACCCCCUUCUGGAUCAUCAGUUAGCACGGCUCCCAGGGAUCUAGAGAUCGGAAAACUGUCUAAAAACAAGAAGAAGAAGUUGAAAAGAAAAGCAAAGCGACAGCAGAAGUUGUUAGAGGAGAGACUGUUUGAUAUACAGAGGAUGGAGGAAGAGGAUGGUGUGCUGCAGGCUGAGGAUGCAGACAGUAUCGGCUCUCUGGUUGUCAAUGGCAACACUUCCUGCUCUAUAGCCAAUAGCAAAACCAGCCCAGAGUCCAACUGCUCUUGGUUUGAGGAUGGGUGUAACGGCCACGCCCCCGGACGGUUCUCAAGUCCCGCUUCUGGCCUAUCAGGGUUCUCCAGCUCAGUGAUGUCAGCAACGUCUGAAUCGGCACUUUCUACUCAGUCCGGAUACUCGAGUGGACGAGAAGCAUUCAGCGCCUCCGACUUUGUCCUGAGUCCUCUGGAUUCCCAGAACGCAGACAAGAUCAGAGUGAAGAUCGCUGAUCUGGGAAAUGCAUGCUGGGUGCACAAACACUUCACAGAGGACAUUCAGACCAGACAGUACAGAGCUCUGGAGGUUCUGAUUGGAGCAGAGUACGGACCCCCGGCUGACAUCUGGAGCACUGCCUGCAUGGCGUUUGAGCUGGCAACAGGAGAUUACCUGUUCGAGCCCCAUUCAGGAGAAGACUACACCAGAGAUGAAGAUCACAUCGCUCACAUCAUCGAGCUGCUCGGGCCGAUUCCUUUGCCCUUCGCUUUGUCUGGCAGGUACUCCAGAGAGUACUUCAGCAGGAGAGGCGACCUGCGUCACAUCUCCAACCUGAAGCCGUGGGGUCUGUUCGAGGUUCUGCUGGAGAAGUACGAGUGGCCACUGGACCAGGCGGCUCAGUUCAGUGACUUCCUGCUGACCAUGUUGGAGCUGCAGCCUGAGCGGAGGGCGACGGCGGCGGAGUGCCUGCAGCACCCGUGGCUGCAGACAUAGAUGCGCACGCAGCCUCAGGGGCUGCACGCAGAGACAGUCGGCGGUCGGGGAGGGUUGGAAGCGUCUGUCGAGUUCACAUAAUGUGGGAAAUUGUUAUGUUGAUCAUGUGUCUGCGCUGAUUCCUGAAGUAACUGGAUGAUUGAUUGAUUGGCUGAGGCUGGAUCCAAACUGAAUCGGAGUCCUCACGUCUCAUAUGUGAGUAUUUUAAUACGUUCA